AUGUCUACCGGAUGGAGUUUAGCCGGAAUAUUUACCAAUCCUGAUUGGACCGGUCAACAUUUGCAAAACCUCGACCGGUUCACACUUAAAUUACCGCAAGAUAUUCACNAUGGUGUUGGUCUCGAUGGUGUUGACAUUGAUGCUGCAACUAAACAUGGGAUUAAGGUGGCUAGAAUUCCCAGUGAGGGUACUGGAAAUGCAGCAUCUUGUUCUGAAAUGGCUAUAUAUCUUAUGCUGGGCCUUCUGAAGAAACAGAACGAAAUGCAAGUAUCUCUGAGAAGCAGACUACUUGGAGAACCAACCGGUGACACGCUUCUCGGUAAAACAGUUUUUAUCUUAGGAUAUGGAAACAUUGGAAUAGAGCUGGCUAAACGGUUGAAGCCAUUUGGAUCGAGAGUAAUAGCCACAAAAAGAAGCUGGCCUGCUUCUAUCACUGACUCAUACUUCUUCUUGAUGAGAAAGGUAGCCAUGAAGACAUUUACUCAUUCGCGGGCAAAGCUGAUAUANAAUAACACCUCCGUACCGGACAGGCUCGAUCAAUAA